AUGGCUUCGUCUUCGGCAGCAGCAGGCCUGUUGUCUCGCCAGCUCAAGCAGAUGCAAAAUGACAAGAGCAUAUCGGGCAUCAGCUGCGGAUUAGUCGACAACAACGUGUUUGAGUGGGAGGUGAUGCUCAUGAUUGACGACGACACAAAGUUUUACGGAGGAGGUUUCUUCCGCGCCCGUCUCACCUUUCCCACCGAAUAUCCCCUGUUGCCACCUAAGAUGCGCUUCGAGACCCCCAUCUUCCACCCCAACAUCUACCCGAACGGCGACGUCUGUAUUUCGAUCCUGCACCCCCCAGAAGAAGAUAAGUACGGCUACGAAUCCGCCGCCGAGCGCUGGUCACCCGUCCAAACUCCCGAAACCAUUCUUCUUUCUGUCAUAUCCAUGCUCUCCAGUCCCAACGACGAGUCGCCUGCAAACGUUGAGGCUGCCAGCCUGUGGCGAGACAACACACCCGAGUUUAAGAAGCGCGUAAGAAAGUGUGUGAGGGAUAGCUUGGAGUUUGAAUGA